UAUGCACAGGUCAUGAGGCAAGCUGGGAAUCAGGAUUUCAAAAAUGGGAAUUACUCUAUGGCCAUCAGGAAGUAUGAUCAAGCUCUGCAUAUACUCGGCUGUUUAAUGCCGUGGGUCCCGUGCUCCAGGGACAUUGCAGUGUUGUACUGCAACAGGUCGACUGCCUUGUACAACCUUGGGAAGUGGAGGGAAGCAGUGUGUUCAGCCUACCAGAGCAUACAGUGUGAUCCGGAGUAUGUUAAGGCUUACUACAGAGCUGGCCACUCUCUGCUCAUGUUAUCAGACACUUACGAGGCAAUUGCUAUGUUUCAUAAAGGCUUGAUUCUCCUGAGUACUUCCACAGAUUGCACUCAGAUCGCUGACUUCAUAGCAGGAAUCUUCAUAAGUGUCAAUGAUGAAAGGGUCUUUCCACCAACGUUCCCCCCUGCUUAUGAUUACAUUUUCAACGCAAGGUUUGAUGCAGUGAUUUGGCAAGGAGUGAUAGAAAGGGUGGCCCAGAAGGGGAAGUGGAGGUCUUGUCUGUUGCUGUUGUCCGAGAAGAAGGCAUUGCCCCCCAACCUCACAGUCAGCCAGGUCUCACUGAAGAGCCUCUUUGAGACCUCUGAACUGUAUGGCCACGGGGAGAAGAUGCAGGAAGUAGCGGAAUUAGUCAAGUGGCUGAUCUCCAUGGGGGCGAAAGUGGAAACCAUUGGAACGUGUGUACUUCAUGCUGUUAUCAGACUGUGUAUCAAAGCAAGAAAGAACCAUCUCUUCAGCUGGUUAUUGACUCAAAGGCCAGACUUGAAGGACCGCAUCAACAAGAAGGACAGAGAUGGAUGCACCCUCUUGCAUGUUGUGGCAUCUUCCAGUGAAUAUUCCCAGAAACGCCAAACAGAAGAUGUAAUAAUGCUCCUGAAUUUUGGAGCUGAUCCCACUCUUCCAGAUGGACGGUCAAGAUAUGUCAUAGAUAUCUUGAAGAAGAACAAAAACUUCGAUGCUGUAAAAGCUGUCAACAGUCACAUUGAGAAACGCACUUCCUCUGAGAAACAGACAGGGGGCAGUGAGAGCAGAGCCGUGGCUGACACAGAUUCUCUCCUGGAUGUUCUUGAGCAGUUCACCCAGUUCUACAGGUUAGAAGAUGGAGCACAUCAUAAGAAUGUGUUGAAGGAAGAUGCAGUUAAGCGGUUUCUGAAACUGCUGUCUUCUGUCAAAGAAAUCCCUCAAGGGGUGGUUUGCAACAUCUCCCAGCCCUGUGCUAGCAGCUUCAUAAAGCAGUUGCUGGAGAAGCAAAUGUGGCAUAAAGUGUUGCUGCUGCUAACAGGGAAGGCCAGUGGGGAAGAGCCAUCGGGGCAAGGACUCUUCAGGAGCUGCAGUCUUGCAGAUGUUGACAUUGGUGACGUUAUCCAGCGGUGCGACAGACGGGAUAAGCAAGUGCAUCUCAUAAGAUGCUUGAUCGAACGAGGAGCUCUGCCGGAUGGGAUUGGAACCAGCUCUGAAAUACCACUGCAGAUAUGCCUCAAGAAGAACUAUUUUGACCUGGUGCAUUUGCUGCUGACCAAAGGUGCAGAUCCUCAGAAUGUCUCCAUUGCACGUGGAGAUACCCCUUUGCACGCUGCAGUUUCCAUCUGUUUAGAUAAUAAAGAUGGCACCGGUUUAAACAUCCUGAACUACCUCCUUGACCUCUUUGCUUCAAGACCUUCCGACUUCCCGUAUCUUAAUCCAAACAUCCAGGAUGAGAACGGGAAUACAGUGAUGCAUGUUGUUUUUCAGAGAGGCUUUUCAAAACAGACAAAGAGAAUCAUGGAGUCGUUGGCAAAAUUUGAUGUUAACUUCAAUAUAAAAAACAAAUUAGGAAGAGAUGUGAGGCAUAGAAUUAAGAAGAAUGACCCACUGCUGCUUGCCUGGAAUACUGCUGCACUGGAGAAGAGGAAGCACCGUCAGGAUAUGGCAGGGCAUGUGGUUAAAGCAUCCAAGAUGGUUCCAGCCUCUGAGAUUUCACAGCCAAAGAGCACAGGGCGUUCUUCAUCUGGGUCUUCCAUAAAGACACCAUCUGGCAACAUGGUGCAUAAUGACUUAAAACCGCCGUGUUCUGGGAAGGCAAAAAAAGAUCAGUUGGCAAAGCAGGAAACAGAGAGAAUAAAUAGCCCUUUAACACUCCAGGAGAGUCUAGUGCAGGCAAUCACAGCUCUGAUUCAGCAGCUGAAAUGGGGUGACACCCUGAGAAAGGAGCAUCCUCUGGUGCAAAAGCCAUCUUCAUCCCAGACUAGUUUGGAAGAGGGAAGGAGUAAGUUCUUGCAACCUUGUGGUAACACAGCUUAUCCUGAAGGAAAAGGGAAUGACUGGGAGAAAAAGAAGGGAGAUGGGGAUUUUGGUACAGCCCUGCCUAAUGGAGAGAAGGAAGAACCAGAGGAAGAGAAGGGGAAGAUUGUGGAUAUUGAAGCAUAUGUGCAGGAGUUUGACAACAUGACCUGGGAAAUAGAGUGCACUCCUGAGAUGCUGAAGACAUUGGGCAGCAAAGCUGUGCCCCAUUAUCUGAAAACUAAAACUAUCAUGACAAUUAAGCAGCUUGGCAAUGGGGAAUGGACCAGGGGACUUCAGAAACCACUGAAACACUUGAAAGCUGAUAUCCAGCUGUACGAAGCCAAGUUGGGUAAAGGUGCGAGGAUGCUGUGGGAGCUUGCAAUUGACUUUUCUCCUCGUUGCAGCGAGAGUGCAGAAAAGAUCAUGGAGACAGAACAGGCCAAAAGCCUUCCAGAAAAAUCAGGUAGAGUUUACACUGAAAUAAUCAGGAUUUGGGCCAUUGUUCUGGACCACUGCAAGCUGAACCGCGUCUUGGAUAACAUCUGUAUUUCCUACAAUCGUGGCUUAUCCUGCAUCUUGAGGAAGAAGCUCAAGGGCAUAAAUGAAGGGCAUCAGAACCACAGUGUGACAACGCAGAAGCGUGUCCCACGUUGUUACAUUGAAGACCUAGAGGCAGAAAGGUCCAAGGAACACACCGUACCUGAGUAUUUCCCUCCAGCCAGCGCAGCAGAAUUGGAAUACAAUAUCAUGAAAUUCCACAGCUUCAGUACGAACAUGGCACUUAACAUUAUAAAUGAUGUCCAUUCUUCUGUUGAAUACCCUUUCCGAGUUGGGGAGCUGGAGUAUGCAGUGAUUGAUCUCAAUCCAAAGCCUAUGGAGCCGAUCAUUUUAAUUGGACGAAGUGGGACAGGGAAGACGACUUGCUGCUUGUAUAGGCUAUGGAAGAAGUUCUAUUCAUACUGGGAGAAAUCCACCUUGGCAAAUGGUCCUCUGCUGGAGAGGCAGACAUGGCAGCACAGACAGUGCAGCGAGGCUGAGAAGGCGAGGUUAGAGAAAGAAGACAGUGAGCUAAAACAGGACAGUGAUGAUUCAAGUGAGGAGCAGGUGAGCGAUGAGCAAGACCAGGACAGCGAGGAUGAAACUGUUCCUGUAGGCACAGCUGGAGCAGAGGUGAACUCAUGCGGUGAUGAAGAAGACCCAAUGCAUAGCACAGAAGCAUCGAACAGGCUGGAGCACCUGCACCAGAUCUUUGUGACCAAAAAUCCUGUCUUGUGCCAGGAAGUGCAGAAGAAUUUCAUUGAGCUUAGCAAGUCUUCCAAGGUCACCAGUCACUUCAGGCCUCUGGAGCCACACGUGCACAGGCUACAGGAUGUUAAAGAUGACAAUUUCCCACUGUUCGUCACCUCCAAGCAGUUGUUGCUGUUACUGGAUGCGUCCAUGCCUGACCCAUUUUUCCCAAGGAAUGAGGAUGGAAGCCUGAAGAGAGUCAUUGUUGGUUGGAGUCCGGAGGAAGACGUGGUUGUACCCAAUUGGCAAGAUGAGGAUGAGGAAGGGACUGUCGAAGCAGAACGUGGUGAUGAGGAAGGAGCUGCAGAUGUGUACUCCAAAGAGAGCGAUCCUCGGACCUUUGUGACUUACGAUGUGUUUGCGAAUGAUAUAUGGCCAAAGAUGAUAAAAGGUAAAAGUUUGUACAACCCAGCGCUGGUCUGGAAAGAGAUCAAAUCCUUUCUGAAAGGGUCUUUUGAGGCCUUGAGCUGCUUUGGGGGUAAACUGACUGAGGAGCAAUACAAAAAGCUAGGCCGAAAGAGAUCACCGAACUUCACGGAAGACAGGAGUGAGAUCUAUCACCUCUUCUGUCUUUACCAGCAGAUACGAUCGCAGAGAGGUUACUUCGAUGAAGAAGAUUUGCUGUAUCAUAUAUCUCAAAGACUCUCGAAGCUCAAGGAGCUGCCUUGGUCCAUCCAUGAGUUUUAUGGUGAUGAGAUACAAGACUUCACCCAAGCUGAGCUAGCACUGUUAAUGAAAUGUAUCAAUGACCCUAAUGCCAUGUUUCUGACUGGUGACACUGCCCAGAGCAUCAUGAAAGGAGUUGCUUUUCGCUUCAGCGAUCUGAGGUCCCUGUUCCAUUACGCAAGCAAGAACUCCAUCAGCAAGAAGCAGCGUGUUAGAAAGCCCAAGAGGAUCUACCAGCUGUACCAGAACUACAGGUCCCAUUCAGGUAUCCUCCGGUUAGCAUCUGGAGUGGUUGAUCUGCUGCAGUAUUACUUCCCAGAGUCUUUUGACCGGCUUCCUAAGGACUGCGGUCUCUUCGAUGGACCAAAGCCCACAGUGUUGGAGUCCUGCAGCGUCAGUGACCUGGCGAUUCUGCUGAGGGGCAACAAGAGGAAAACACAGCCCAUUGAAUUUGGAGCACAUCAGGUGGUUUUAGUGGCAAAUGAGACUGCGAAGGAGAAGAUACCUGAGGAGCUUAGUUUAGCACUUGUGCUGACAGUUUAUGAAGCAAAGGGCUUGGAAUUUGAUGAUGUUCUUCUGUACAACUUUUUCACCGAUUCAGAGGCUAGCAAAGAAUGGAAGAUAAUUUCUUCUUAUACCCCUGGUUUGGAUGUGCAAGUAGGAAACAAAUUGCUAAUCGAAAUGCCUUUAGAGGAUGCUGCGGGUAUGCAGAAAAGAGUUCCUUUUAAUGUAGAGAUGUACAAGAUGCUGAAUGGAGAGCUGAAGCAGUUGUAUACUGCCAUUACAAGAGCCAGAGUCAAUCUUUGGAUCUUCGAUGAAGACAGUGAUAAACGGGCUCCAGCUUUUAAGUAUUUCAUCAAAAGAGAGUUUGUUCAGGUUGUCAAAACAGAUGAAAAGAAAGACUUGGACGACAGCAUGUUUGCUAAAACCUCAACUGCAGAAGAAUGGAUUGCACAAGGAGACUACUACGCUAAGCAUCAGUUCUGGGAGGUGGCAGCCAAAUGUUACCAAAAGGGAGGAGCAGCUGAGAAGUCAAAACUGGCCCUGGCACAUGAUGCUGUUCUCAAAGUGCGCUCCAAGAAGAGCAGCCCCAGGGAAAAGCAGAUGGAAUAUAUGACAUUAGCUAAAACUUACUUGGAAUGUGGAGAACCAAAGUUAUCACUAAAAUGUCUAUUUCAAUCAAAGGAGUUCCGGCUUUGUGCAGAACUGUGUAAGAAGUUAGGAAAGAUGAAAGAUGCUGCACUUUACUAUCAGAAAUGCCAGUGCUACAAAGAGGCAUCCGAAUGUUAUGAACAAAUUGAGGAGUUUGAUCUGGCAAUUAAAAUGUAUUGUCAGGAGGAGCUCUAUGAAGAAGCAGCAAAGGCAGUUGAGAGAUACGAAGAGAUGUUGAACACAAAAGGACAGAUGGUCUCCAAACUCUCAUGUACAGCAAACCAGUUGUACCUGGAAGCAGCUGCGAAGUACCUGAGCAUGAACAGAACCGAGGAGAUGAUGCGAGUCCUCUCCAAGCUUGACACUGAGGAUCAGCUCGAGUUCCUCAAGUCCCGUGGCUGCCUGCGCCAAACAGCAGACUUACUGCAAAGGGAAGGGCGAGAGGAGGAGGCUGCCAAGCUAAUGAAGCAGCAUGGGUUUGCCCUGGAAGCAGCCAACCUCACGGCCAUAAAGGAGUUCCGUGCAUCGUGUCUGCUCGCUGCAGCUCGCGCUGCUAUUGCUCGCUGUUCGGAGUCAGAUCCGAUGGGAAUGGAGCUCAUCCUUAAGGAAGCCCUGGAGCUUUCUGAGCAAACUAAGCAGGCGUCAGGCAUUGCUGAGGCUGUGUUCUUGCAGGGGGUUCUGAAGGGGGACUUCACAAAGCUGAGCAGCGCCUACUGUCAGUUCCUGUCUCUGAAUCAUGCCGCUGGGGCCGUGGAAGCUCUCUUUGCCUUAUCUCGCUGCAAUGCUCCUUGCCAGGACAUCCUCUUUAUGGCAAUACGUGGCUUGAUGGCUCUGCUGAGUCUGGUCAGGAGCUUGAAGAAAGCAGCCACCAAUGCAGAGAAAGAUAUGGUAAAGUUAUGCUUUGCCUACUUCGGGAUUGUCCCAACUGGUGACAGUUGUCUGGUGUCCCAAAAUGAAGGUGAACCCAUUCUCCGGUUUUUGUUAGGCAAACUGUGCCUAAAAGAGACAAAGACAAAAGGUGGCUUCUCAGUAAGCACAGAGGAGGUGAAGUCAGCUUUGAAGUGGCACUUGUUAAACAGGUUGUGCUCAAUCACCCAUGAGUUACUGAACAAGCAUUACCCUGAUAUUUGUAUGAAGUUCAUUGUUGGCUUGAACUGUGAAGAUAAAGCCUGUAAGGAUUACCAUAAGCCCUUGUUGCGCAAGGAAGCCAAGACAAUAAUUCAGUGUAAAAUGCACCUGGUGGCAAUAAAUGGCCUCCUAUUGGAAGCUGCCUGUGUUUUCCCUAAAGAGCUACUUAAUCAGUGCAAAGGCUUUGCAGACGUUUUGACUGCUGACAAAUACACAUCGUGUAAAGCCCUCCUGGAUACGUUUUUCCCUAGCCAUUUCCAUUUGAGAAUACUGUCCGAGAACCCAAAGGCAUGCAAAGAGAUCCUGGAGGUCAGUAGCAUUAUUUCCAAGCCUUGCAGAGCAAUGUUGAAGGCAUACCUCAUGUUUAAGUUCAAGAAUGCAGAGACUGCAGCCAGAAGAGAAUCGACUGACUUGUGGCUACACAUCAUGCAAGUCCUCAUCCUGUCCUCGGGGUAUCCAGAGGACUUUGAGAAGCUGCUUUUUAAGGAAGAGGACGAUUAUAACAAAGAGCUCAACCUUGCUUUGGCCAAGGCCAAGAACUCCCCAAAGGGGAAAGGCCAGGGAGGAAAGGCCAAAGGAAUCGAGGGCAGAUACGGGAUGUUGCUGCCUGACAAAAAUGAUGGGAAUGGAGGAAGAACCCACCUGUGCUUCAUUCGCCUCCUUGAAAACUCACUGGAGCAAUUCUAUGUUCACAAGAACCCAGAGAACUGUAAAAGGUUUUUCUUCCGGUUUAUGAAUGUCCUGGUCAAGAAGUGCACGAGAUACCUGAUUCCAAGCAUAGGAAACACGGUGAUGUUGUUGGAAUUCCAGUAUAUUCUCUGCUGCGCGGUCCUGAUGCGUCUCUCCAAGAACAUUACUCUCUGCUUUCCAAAGAGCUACAUUGCUCUCAUUCAUUACUGGGAGUUCUUGUUCAAAAGCAAGGACCGUAGCAAAGAACCUAGAGACACGUUUUCCAUUAUACAGGAGUACAGGCCAAAGGACACCUAUGUGGCUGUACAGAAGUUCAUGUUCCAUCUCUAUUAUCUGGCAGAGGUUUUGUGUGGAGUUCAUGGAAGGUUCAAUGUCCUUUUGGAUGCUUUUGAGGACCCUGACUGUAUAACGUCAGGGGAGGCAGAGCGGACUGUAGUGCUGUGCUUAGUGAUGCUACUGAAUGCAGACCAGGUGCAGAGCUUGAAAUACAAGUCCCGUUUACACCACCUCUUCCCUGAGAUCAAGGCGAUGCUGAAAUCUCAGCACUCUCCCUCUAAAGUGCCUAAAAGGCUGCUGAGGGUUGUGGAACAAGUGAGUGAUGCUACACACGUCAGAGACAUCGCUGUGUGCCUGCAGGAGCUGCUGACAGAGCGAGAUGAGGAGUACUUGGUGGACUGCCGAUGGAGGUGGGACUCUGCCUACACUCAGGGGCACCCACCCAUACGGGGCAUCCUGUACGAGAACAUAAACCUCGACAGGUUUGUGACCUCUUUGGAUAAGACUGAGUAUGCUGAUGAGCUGGAAAAGGAGCUUGAAGGGGUUCAUUGCCUUGAGGACCAGAAGGACCCCCUGGAAGUCAUUGCACUCAGCAAGCAGCAGAAGCAGGAGCAGAAAGCAUCUGCUCAGCGCCAGCUGCGUCGUGUGUUCCAUAUCAUUUACCUGUGUGUCAAGUGGAAGAGGAGAGCCUGCUCCAAAGCUGAGCCUGUUGCAAUGGAAGGGGAGGAGUUUCUAUCAGAGAUCUUCAAAAGAGCAGAUAUUGACCAAACCCAGUGUGACCUGUGCGGGGUCAGGUUUAUCCAGAGCAGCGAGAGCUAUUUCAGCCGGUCAGGAAGCAUGGAGGCAGAUGCUUCUGAACCUGUGACACCAACAGAGAUCAGUGAGGAGGAGAAGCUCCAUGCAGAAGGAGAUGGGAGCUCUGUGGCCAGUGAGGCUUACAUAGAGCACAGCAACACAGAGGAGCACAGGAGCAACAGCGCUGCCUACAAAUACUAUGCCGACUUCUUCAGGAGGAAGAUCGAUCCGAUGAUACGGGAUGGACUGGAAGUAGUGGAGGCUAUAAUGGAAAAGAGCUACACCCAAGGCCAUUUGGCGUAUAAAGAAGGUUCCAACUUACGCCAGAGGAAAAUCAAAGAGAAUAUUAAGAAGAUUUCAGAUGCAGUAGAGGAAAUCUAUGAGAGAAAAGCCUGGGCUAAAGCCGAAGAAGCAAUAACCAAACACACCAGCAAGUUGAUCGCCACCAUUGAUGAGGCUCAUAAGUGGCUGAAGAAAAUGGACUCUCAUCAGAUAAAAGAAGAAGGCUUUGUGCACGAUAGAGACUUGGAAGAUGAAGUGGAAGAUGAAAGCAUGGCUUUUGAAGAACUCGUCUACAAAAAGCCCUCCAGGAAAAAAGGGAGGUGUGGGAAAUGGUGAUCAGAAGCAGUGUGCAGGUGGCUGUUCUCUCCUCCUAACAGUCUAGGGUUGGAAUUAAGAAGCAAAAUAGAGGGAUGGAGCCAGAAAUGGGAAGAGUCUGAGAAAAAAAGAGCAAUUUAUGCUAUUGUGUUUAUGUCACUUGUAUUCUGUCAGAAUAAUUACCUGUGUGCUGAUGAUGUAGUUGUUAAGACAAGUUUCCUUUCAAACCUCUAUGGUAGCCUGAAAGUAGCGAAAAGCCAAAGAAGCAGCAGAUAGAAAGAAAUAAGAACGUUUGUGCCUCACCUCAGGGUAUUUUCCCACUCUGUCUUCUUUUCCUUCUCCCCUCUUACUUUACAUCAUCAUUCUUCUGAGUGGGAACACUCAGAAUAGGGUAGUUUCUCUGAUUUUAAGAGGUUUUAAUCAGUGUUUUUAGGUUACCAUUGUAAACCAGCUGUGUUCUGAGACUUUCUAUGUCUGGAAGCUCCUGAGUCUUCAGGUGAGAUGCUUGCAGUAUCUCUUUUCUAUUUUUAUAGGCAAAACCAGUGAUGUCUUAACACAUUCCUAUUUUUGUCAGUGUACAUACUGGCUUAGUAUGAACAUUACAGAUUGUUCUCUGUUUCAUCAAGUUUUGAUAUAAACUGUUUUAUGUACAUAUUAAAAUACAGAUAAUCUGUCUGUAAAAGAAUAUUGACAUUUUAAGUUGUUUUGUAAGGUUUCAUUGAUAAAAGGCUUUUUGUAAUGUAUAAUACUGUUUUUAUAAAACCUGUAAGAUUUUUGGAA